AUGAUGCAAGCCACUAGCGAGCAACACGAUGAAUAUGCAGCGGCGAUCAGUUCGCAGAUCAAGCCCCACAAGGGCCCGAGCAAGCCCCGGAUGUUCAAGCGAUCAAUCAAGAUUCUGCCCAGCAAGGCUGAGGUUCGCUAUUUACCUCCCGGCCACAUGCGUGACUAUUGGCUUCAGAUGAAUGUUUUGAGAGAUGGCCAACCUCCCAUAUCCUUCGCUCAGUUUUGGCGUGUCUGGUCCUCGGAAUUUACUCAUUUGAAAUUCAGACAAGAAAGCCAACAUGCUCAGUGCAACGAAUGCAUUCGCCACAAAAUGUUGAUCAAAGAGUUCUCCAGUCAUCUUCUGGCCCGGCGAGAACAAGUACGAUUGUACACAGAACAUUUGAAGGCCCAGUACGUGGACCGAAGAUGUUAUUGGGCCAGCAGAGGUUUAUCCAGGAUGAAAAAUGGUGCUCACAUAUGCGUGAUCAUUGACAGUAUGGACCAGGGAAAGACAAGUAUACCUCGUUCUGAUCUCACUCGGGCUAAGGAUCUCAGCACAUUGCAAAAGCCCAAAUGUCACCUCACAGCCGUCAUCGUGCACGGCUGGUUCAUCAUGAUGUGUCUGUCCGAUGCGGACCUUCCCAAGAAUUCGAGUGUCAUGAUCGAGAUUAUGUGUCACGUUCUUUCCAGACUUCAGCAGCAAUCUUGCUGCUUGGCACAACAUCACUUACAUAUUCAAUGUGAUAAUACCCCCCGGGAGAUGAAAAACAACCCGUUCAUGAAGUGGAUGGCAGCGAUGACGGGACAAGGAGUGCUGCGGGAAUGUUCCCUGCAGCAGCUCAGAAGCGGCCAUAGCCAUGAGGAUAUAGAUCAAGUCUUUGGCGGUUUGGCAACUUUCCUAGCCUCGAAAGGCCGACAGGCCCAGACUCCUGAUGACCUUAUGGCUGUCAUCCAGAAUUUCCUCCAGGACUACAAGCGACCGUAUGAAGCCGGGCGAGUGGUUUUGAAACUGGACGGAGCUCGGGACUGGUGCUUGGGCGACCGAAUGCUUAAAUGUUGCUGCUUGAUUGUCUAUGCGUGUGGGCAUUAG